AUGACGAGAAAUAUUGUUUUUGUUUGUCUUUUCGGGUGUAUAUUUGGACAGGAUUAUUAUGAACAGCGACAUAAAUAUCAAUACCAGGCGCAAACGCCUCUCCACAGAAUCCCAAACAAAUUCGAGGUAAAAGGUGAUAACGCAAUAGGAGAAUUCAACAAAUACUUAACGAACAUUCAAGAACUGGCGAAGCGAGAUAAUCUCACGGUUACUUACAAAGUAAAAGUCGACGUGAUAUCAAAAGAAAAACAUCAGAAGAAAAAGACGCUGAAGAAGGGAAUAUCGAAAAAGUAUAAUGUGCCGUUGAAAAAACAGAAUAUGAAGCUGUCGAAUUUCGAAAUGAUCUUACGGAAGAGAAUAGGGGAGAUAGGCCAGAAACAACAAAGAGCGGAGAGCGAUUUAUCUACGACGCAGAAAGAGAAGGUUCUGUUGACGACAAAGCCGCCGUCUGCGGUUUACCCCUGGGGUGUUGCAUUGCCGCACAGAGAAAAUCGUGAAAAAGAUUGUGAAAGGAAUAGAAAUGGCUAUUCAGGAUCUUGCCGUAUAAGGGCCAACGGACACAAAGCGUCCCCACCUAGCGAACAUUAUCUGUAA